AAUAAUUUGUACGAUUAGCUAUUAAAACGCACCGUUUCGCGUGGGAAUUUUUCACUUUCUUUUCAAUAUUUUUAACAAAAUAUGGCAUCCAGGAGGCGUCGAGCGUCAUUUAGUGAUGAUGAGGAUGAUGCAGUUCACAGGAAGAGAAGAAGGACAUCUGAAAAUGUUGACAUUGAGGACAGGCUUGAAUCACUUAUAUCAAGAGUUGGAGAGAAGAGUACAUCUUCACUGGAGAGUAAUUUGGAAGGUUUAGCAAGUGUGUUGGAAGCUGAUUUACCCAACUAUAAAACAAAAAUCAUGAGGAUUUUAUGUGAAUGUGCCGUGAAGUUACCAGAAAAACAGGCUGUCUACACAACAUUGGUGGGACUACUGAAUGCCAAAAACUACAACUUUGGAGGAGAGUUUGUGGAGAUGUUGGUUAGACAUAUGAAAGAGGCUCUCAAGACAGAGGAGUUUGAAUCAGCAAGAUUUAUUGUACGGUUCCUGUCAGAUCUUGUAAACUGCCGAGUCAUUGUAGCUGGUUCCCUUCUUGCCAUGUUUGACAAUUUUAUUGAAGUUACUUUAGAAGAUAAUAUACCACAGGUGAGAUCCGACUGGUAUGUGUACGCUGUAUUGACGUCAUUGCCGUGGGUUGGACGAGAAUUGUAUGAAAAGAAAGAGAUGGAGUUUCAGAAAUUACUAGUUACUAUUGACAGUUACAUUAGUAAAAGACAGAAGAUUCAUGUGCCAGCCUUGCGGGUGUGGUCCACAGAUAAUCCCCAUCCCCAGGAAGAAUACCUAGACUGUCUUUGGGCACAGAUUAAAAAUCUACGCAACAAUAAAUGGAUUGAAAAGCAAGUUCCACGACCUUAUUUAGCAUUUGAUAGUGUAUUGUGCGAGGCCCUACAACACACGUUACCCCAGAUUAUACCCCCGUCCCACAACGAGGAGAUCAUGUAUCCCCUUCCUACGGUAGUCUUCAGAAUGUUUGAUUAUACAGAUGUUCCUGAGGGUCCAGCGAUUCCAGGAAGCCAUUCUAUUGAGCGAUUUUUGAUUGAAGAAGAGAUGAGAUAUUUUAUCAGGACACACAAUCUUGACAGAAAAGACUGUGCCGCUGCAUUGUUGAGCUAUACGACAAAGAACAAAAUCCCUCUGAACUACAUGAUUGUAGAGGUAAUUUUUGGACAGUUGUUCAGAUUACCGACUCCACCAUACCUGGAAAUAUUCUAUGGGUCAACACUGAUAGAACUUUGUAAGCUGCAGCCGGGCUCCAUGCCUCAAGUUUUGGCACAGGCAACAGAAAUGCUGUAUGAAAGGCUAGAUACAAUGAAAACACCAUGUAUUGAAAGAUUUUCCAACUGGUUUGCAUAUCAUCUGAGUAACUUCCAGUUCCGAUGGAGCUGGGACGACUGGAUAGCUUGUACACAGGUCAACCCUCUCCUUCCUAAACCUAAAUUUGUCACAGAGGUUCUUCACAAAUGCCUUAGAUUAUCGUAUCAUCAGAGGAUAAAGGACACAGUACCAGAGGCUUUCAGUGAACUCGUACCAGCCAAACCUCAGGCUAGGUUCAAAUUUGAAGAGGAGGGGGCAGGAACUUUACCAGGAACUAUGGUUGCCCACCAGUUGAUAGAUGCUAUCAAGUCAAAAUGUACUCCAGAAGAAACUCUGGUUUUACUCAAAGAAUUACCCAAUCCACUGGCUGAUGACACAGAUGAGCCUUCUCACCACCCUGUCAGAAUAGAUGUGUUUGUUUCUACACUGUUACAUCUGGGAUCAAAAUCAUUUUCACAUUCAUUCGCAGCCAUUGCAAAGUUUCAUUUUGUGUUGAAGAUGUUGGCAGAGUCAGAGGAAGGACAGAUCUGUCUCUUGAAGACAAUGUAUGAAGUGUGGAGCACCCACCCACAGAUGAUGGUAGUUCUGACAGACAAGCUUCUGAAGACACAGAUUGUCGAAUGUUCCUCGGUGGCAAAUUGGUUGUUCUCGGCAGAUAUGGCUCCAGAUUUCACAAGGAACUAUGUGUGGGAGAUAAUGCAUUCAACCAUCAACAAGAUGAGUAAACACGUUGAGAAGCUUCAAAAAGAGGCUGAAGAUGCCAGAGACUUGUUGGAUGCAGCAAAGAAAAAGAUGGCAGAUGGGUUAGACUAUGAGGAAGACGAUGAGAUACCAACAGAGGAGAUGGUUGAGAGGAUGGAGGAAAGGCUCGAACUUGUACAGAAUCAACAAAAACGAUUGUUUCUCAUCAUCUUUCAGAGAUUUAUCAUUAUUUUGACAGACCAUUUAGCUAGAUGUGAAAGUGAGGGAAUUGAUUAUCAAACACCAUGGUAUAAAUGGGUCAUUGAAAGACUUCAGGAAGUGUUUCUCCUUCAUCACAGCCUGGUGUUUAAGUACAUCAACACGUUGGAGAGUUUGUUAUUCACAAGUGACAUUGACAUUCAUAUCCUUGAAGUGUUUCAACAGUUCUGUGCCCUUAGAUCAUGAGGAUGAUAACAAUGAAUGAAAAGUGUCUUCAUCGGGAAAAUAAACUCACAAACUGUUCUGUUUUCCUCCAAAUAACAACAUGAAAAAAUGAAAUCUGGAAAAAGUGCUUUUUGUUGUUUUUUUCCAUAGAAAUAUGAGGGAUUCAGAAUAUUGUUCAGUUUUCAUUAAAAACACUAUGAACAGUUCAGCUAAAAAGUCAAAAUAUUUGUAACAGGUUUUUUUCCUCAAGAUUCAAGAUAUUUUAUUGGCUAAAAUCAUACAAUAAGCUCAUUUCCAAUUAUUGGAUAAUACAUCGUAAUAUGGCAGUUAAACAGUUUAAAAGGUAAUAUCAAGAAAAGCAUGAAAUUCAUGACAGUCAUCAAUAAACAUGCUAUGACAAAAAUUCUAAUACGCUUGUCUCUGUUAAAACACUCUUACGUUAGAAUGAUGUCACAUUAACGAGCGGUGACGUCAAAGUUUUUGUUGCGACCAAGAAAGAGCGCUUCUAUAUUUUAUAUACUGUUUUAGAUAAAGGGCAUAUUAGAAUAUAGUCAUGUUCUGUAUAAAAGUAUAAUGUAAAAUUCAUUAAAUUCAGUACAUUUGAAUUCAUACAUUCACAAUUUCUUUGUCACUGGAUAAAUAAUAUAUUGAAAAACUUUACAAAAUCUCAUUUCCCUGUGUUAAAUAAUCACCGGUAUCAUAAUUUAUCAAUGAUUUGCCCUUUUUACAUUCUUCAAAAGGCAUCAUGUUAUGUUAAUAGCGAAGAGCUUUGAAUUGUUUAUUUAUUUUUAAUCCAUUUAUUAUACUUAUCAGCUAUAUUGAGAGCAGUUGUUAUUUGAUUUACAGGAGAACAGCAUGUUUUCUUAUCAUUAAAAUUUUUUUUUUUUCUUGUACUAAAUACUUAAGUCCAUUUAAGAUAAAACAAUAUACUGUAGCUGUAUGUGUCAAAAGAAAUUACAUGUCUCAUUAAUAAAAUUCCUAGGCGCACACUGGCUUCUUGCUGGUGGAAUUGGAAAUAUUGUUGCAUCUUCAUCAAAUUACGAUCUUUUCAUUUGCAAGUGUCAUAUUGUUAUUUUGUUUUGUUUUUUUAGAAACUGAAUGGUUUUAUUUACAGAUAAUUUGUGUGUUAUAAUGACCAUUGCCUUUAUGAGGUGAUAUCUUUAGAAAUCAAAUACUAAUUUUAUAUUUAGUUUCAUCAAUUUGUGUCAUGAAAUUCACAGUGAAUAAUCUGCAUAAAUUACAUGAAUAAUCUGCAUAAAUUAUUCGUUGAUGUCAAAUAUUUAGAGUGACUUUUAAGUUUUAUAAUACUUCAGAGGUAAAAGGUGCUGAAAUGGGCUAAAAGGAAUUUUAUGUGUUUUUCAAAAUCUUUGGAUGAAGCAUCAACACUUUAUGGGAAAAAAGAAAAAUAUUAUAAAUAAUUGCUUGGAUAUGUUAAAAUUGUAUUACUUUAAGAAAAUGAGUUCUACAUCUUGACAAUGUUAAAAACCAGUUAUUCAAAACAAAAAUCUCUUAUGUUGUCAAUAAAUAGUAAAGAAACA